AUUGCCUCUCCUGCCUUGCCCUUGCCCCUGGGCUCCAGAAAAGUGGCAAGCAGUUAAUCGUUUGUUAAGUUUGUUGUGUUUCUUUUGUAAGUGGUCCAUGAGAGUUCCUUCCCGUCCCCAGGUAUGGACUAAUCUUCACCUCUCCUUUGACCAGCACACGUGACACAGCGUCCUGACGAAUACUUCAGAGAACGCUCUCUCUGCUCUCUCUGUCGCCAUGGUGACUUUCCGCGACGAGACAGACAAAAUGACGGCUCCGUCCUGCCUGACGGUGACGCUGUCGCCGGGGUUACGGCGCAAACAGCUGAUGUGGCAGAACGCGGUGAAGCACAUCAUCAGCCAGCAGCACCUGAGCGAGGAGGUGGGGGUCGAGCCGGCGCGCCAGAUGUACGUCACCGAUCAGUUCAUCGACGACAUCAACCGGCAGAUCCGCAACAAGGCGUCGCGCGGCAUGAACAAGCGCCGCUCCUCGGCCGCCCGCGUGAUCCCCAGCACCCACGAGCGCCACUUCUCCGACGGCGGCGGCGGCACGCGGUCGAUCUACGCCAGCGACGCGGACUUCUUCGUGCGCUGGGGCCAUGCGCGGCGCGGCGUCUACCUGCCUAUGCUGCGUCACACCUUCCGGUCGCGAGACCUGGAGCAGCUGUACCAGUGCCACUCGUCGCACCAGCGCCGCACCUCCCUCGUCGCCGCCAGCCUCAUCGACGUGGCCGCCAAGCUGCACCUGCUGCUGCUCUACCUGGCGCUGGCACCAGAGGGCGCCGAGGGCCCGCUGCAGGGCUGGCUGACGGGCGCCUUCAUGGCCAUGGCCGCGGUGCUGUGCGUGGUCAUGCUGGUGUGGAAGGACGCCGACUCGCCGCGCUGGCUGCACUACGCAGGCCUGUUCAGCUGGCUCUCCCAGACCGUGCAGGUGCUGGGCGGUCUGGCCUACGGGCUGGAGGGCGACUCCUCCUGGUACGUGAUGUUCACGCUCUUCUCCACCUACACCAUGCUGCCCCUCCCCCUGCUGUGGGCGCUGGGUGCGGGCACCCUCACCUCCGUCCUGGACCUGGCAGUGGAGGCUGUGUGUAAUACCCUGUGUGUGUUUCUGCAGCUGCUGGUUAAGGGUCUGCUGUAUGUGAGCAUGAACACGGCUGGGCUGUUCAUUCACUACCUGACGGACCGCGCCCAGAGACAGGCCUUCCUGGAGACACGCCGCUGCAUCGAGGGACGCAUGAAGCUGGAGCAGGAGAACCAGAGACAGGAGCGACUAGUGCUGUCUAUACUGCCUCGCUUCGUUGCCUUGGAGAUGAUGGCGGACAUGACAGCUAUGGAUGAUGAACUCAUCCCCCAACAGUUCCACAAAAUCUACAUCCAUCAGUACACAAACGUAAGCAUCCUCUUUGCGGACAUUAAGGGCUUCACGCUGCUCUCCAUGAGCUUGUCGGCUCAGGAGUUGGUGCGGACGCUCAACGAGCUCUUUGGGCGCUUUGACCGUCUGGCAGAGGAGCACCACUGCAUGCGGAUCAAGAUCCUGGGCGACUGCUACUACUGCGUGUCCGGGGUGCCCGAACCCCAGCGGGCCCACGCCCACUGCUGCGUGGAGAUGGGCCUCGCCAUGAUCAGCACCAUACGGUCUGUGAAGAAGCAGCUGAAGCACGACAUGGACAUGCGGAUCGGGAUCCACUCGGGCUCGGUUCUGUGUGGGGUGCUGGGCCUGCAGAAGUGGCAGUUUGACGUCUGGUCCUGUGACGUGGGCAUCGCCAACAUGCUGGAGGCAGGAGGCAUCCCUGGGCGCAUCCACAUCUCUCGUGCCACACUGGACUGCCUGGAGGGCUGCUACCAGACGGAGGACGGGCAGGGCCACGAGCGCAACGACUUCCUGAAGAAACACAAGAUCGACACGUUCCUCAUCUGCCACAAGUACAAGAAAGUCCCCGAGGCGGGACCGCACAAGACCCAGAGCAUCGUCCGCGGCUGGAACACCGAGACUCCCUUUGGGAACAUCGUGGAUGUGAACUGCAUCCUGGCCUCCUUCACCAACGGCUCGCUGGCCCAGCUGCCCAACGGGCGGCACCCGGCCUCUCGGGAGAUCAACAAGCGCAUCGAGCACGCCAUCGAGGUGCGCAGCAGCGAACUCAUGAGGCAGAAGCACAUCACCCCCUUCACCAUGGUCUUCAAGGACACACACUUAGAGGACAAGUUCUCCCUGAUGAGAGAUGAGAUGUUCAACACCUACAUGGUGUGCUCCUUCAUCAUGCUCCUCCUGCUUAUGGCCGUGCAGGCCCUCAUCCCAGCCCCCAGGUUGGUGCCCACGGUGGUCCAGUUUGGUCUCUUCCUGCUGGUCUACGUGCUGUUGCUAUUGGUUACGCUGGGGGAGGAGUUCAAGUGCUCCCCUCCUCUGCUGCAGCAGCUGUGCUGUUGGGUUCACGAGAACAACAGCGUCCGCAACGCCGUCACGCUCACCGCCAUCACCCUCAACUUCUGUUUGGUCACGUCUGACAUGUUGUUUGUGCUGAGCGGGGCCGUAUCCAUGGUGACGUGUGCGGUGUUCCUGCGCCUCAGCUCUCUGCUGAAGCUCCUGGUGCUGCUGCUGGUGCUGCUGGUGUACUCCUACUUCAUAGAGGUGGCCUACCACACACACACACUCCCCCUCGGCCAGGGGAGCAGAGGCAUCUCCAUCCUGUUGCUGGCCAUGUUCGUGGUGGCGGUGUUCUACAACGGCAGACAGUGGGAGACGACGGCGCGGCUGGACUUCCUGUGGCGUCUGCAGGCGCAGCAGGAAGUGGAGGACAUGCGAGAGCUGCGCGAGCACAACGAGUGCCUGCUGUACAACAUCCUGCCCACACACGUCGCACGCCACUUCCUGGAGCGCCGCAAGAACGACGAGGAGCUGUACUCUCAGUCGUAUGAUGAGGUGGGUGUGCUGUUCGCCUCCAUCGCCGGCUUCAAUGACUACUACGAGCAGCAGGAGCUCCAGCAGGAGGGCGUGGGGUGUCUGCGGCUGCUCAACGAGAUCAUCGCCGGAUUCGACGAGCUCCUGGAGGAGUCUUACUUCCUGGACAUCGAGAAGAUCAAAACCAUCGGCAGCUGCUACAUGGCAGCGUCUGGCCUGUCCCCCGACAAGACGUGCUCAGGCGAAUGGCAUCACCUCGGGGAGCUGGUGCUCUUCGCUCUGGCCAUGCAGGAGACCCUGAAGGAGAUCAACAGGAACUCACACAACAACUUCCAGCUCCGCAUCGGCAUAGCCCACGGGCCGUUGGUGGCGGGCGUGAUCGGCGCCACCAAGCCUCAGUACGACAUCUGGGGCAUGACGGUGAACCUGGCGAGCCGCAUGGACAGCAGCGGGGUGAGCGGGCGCAUCCAGGUGCCCGAGGGCACCGCCAACAUCCUGGCCAACUGGGGCUUCGAGCUGGAGCUGCGCGGGCACAUCUUCAUCAAGGGCGUGAGCGAGAGGCAGGGUUGCGUCCGCACGUUCUUCAUCAGAGGAGGAGGGGCGAUGAAGGGGCACCGAUCGGGGAGGAAGCACAGGGGCGGGCGCAGCACGCUGGCGACGCUGGUGUUCGGCAUGGUGCAGACCAUCCAGAAGGAGAAAACCAGAGAAGUCAACGGAGGAUUUGGCCUGCCCACCAGCAGUCUGCAGUGCUGA